UCGAGUUACCCGAGUCGGAGAUGUCAUAGAUAGGGUUUUUAAUUAUUAUUAGGUUAAGCUGCCCAGGAACUUCAGUACAAAAUCGUUUCGUAUUCGGAUAUCACAACCAUCUAUUUCCAAAACAUAGAUCCGAUGAACAAAAUUAAACCAAUUUCAGUGGACAAGAUCCUAAGCCUACGGCGUCUUCCUAGUCCGCAGCAGCAGCAGACUGAGAACAUGGAGUAUGUGCCCAGCUUCCUGCCGCGUCAGCUCAGCGCUGACCCCACUCACCUCCAGGAGCAGAGGCCUCCACCCAAGGGGCGCUGGAUGUCGGCAAGUGCAAUGGACUUGCCGCCCCCACUAAGAUCUCCCAUGUCCCAAGCGAAUCGCCAGCGGGAGCUGCACUCGCCCAACCAAUACAUCUUCAUACUGAAGACACUGGUGGGUGUGAUCGCGGUCUGCACUUUCUUGAGCAUGAUUGUCGUUAGUCGCCUCGGCCAGGAUGGGGAACAAGAUACAAGCCCGAAGGUCCUGAUCCUGCUGUGGAACGAGGACCUAUCCAAGAUGCCCAGGGGACCAACGCACACGGAGUGCGGCUGUGUGGUCACCACUCGCAGGAAGGAUUUCUACCAGCCGUAUGACGCCGUCGUCUUCAACGCAGAUCUGCCCUACUCCCUUGAUGAUUUCAGCGAUAUCAACCGCACUGCUAACUUUCUGUCGGUCUUUGCAGCCAGGAAUCCCCUGAGCCUGGCCCAUGGCCCAGGUCCCUGGCCCGCAGACGAUUGGCCUUUCUUCAACCUGACUAUGACCUAUCGCCUGGACUCGCAACUGGUCUGGUCGGAAUACUACUUCUCGCACAUUAACAGGGCCAGGAGGUUAAACUCGUUCCGUGCCCCCAGUGAGAACUUCUCCGACGAUAUGCCAGCAAAUAAGAUCCAAGUCCUAGAGAACCACAUAAAGAAGAAGGAUCGCCUGGCCAUGUAUAUCGUCUACGAGGUGGAUGCGGCAAGCAGGCCUGAGAGCCACUACUUGGCAAAGCUGCGCAAAUACCUCGACCUCGAUGCCCAAGAGAACUGUGUGGGUUUCAACGACUGCAAUCACUACCACUUCAUGCUGAUCUUCGAUACUACCGCCUGUCCAGACUACGUGCCCACCCAGAUGUAUAUUGCCAUGCAUAAUUUUGUAGUGCCUGUCCUAAUCGGAGGCGGAAACCUGUCCCAUCUGGUGCCGCCGCAGUCCUACAUCAGCAACCGCGACUUCCCGAAUCCCAAGGAUCUGGUGGCACAUCUAGAGCGCCUGGCGAAUGAAACGGAGGAGUACCAACGCUACUUCUGGUGGCACUCGGUCUACAAGCUCCGUCGCACCUCGCUGCCCUACUGCCAGCUCUGCUCCUACCUCAAGCCUUCGCCGGAGGAGCGUCUCAUCGAGACCUCCUCGCCAAUGGACUUUGCCGCCUGGUGGAGCACAUACCAGUGCCCCAAACAAUUCACCACCUUCCUGUGAUCCGCCCCGAGCGGUACUCAUUCCACAAUUUCCCGAGUCCCCAAUUAUAAUUACCAACGAUCGCAAAUUGGUCUUGAUCGGUCUGGUUCCGUUCAGUUGA